GUAUGGAACCCUUCGUGUCAGCACCCGGGAACCCGAGCCAUGCUGGACCCGGCCUACAUCGACAAUCCCGGCAUCUUCUUUCAGAGGUACGAUCCCUUGCGGGAGGCACAAGAGCUCUUGCAGGAGCUGCGCUUGAGCGCUUCGCCGGUGCGGCCCAGAGGCGGCGAUCUACUUUCGCAAGGCGAGACCGGCAGCGGCUUUAGCCGAGUGCCACCGUCGCCCCGUGUGCCGGCGACACCGCUGGUGCCGCCCUUGGCCGCGGCGCCCGGGGCAGCAGCCACGCCUGUGCCGGGGACGCCUUUGCCCCUGUCGGCGCGGCGGUCUUCAGCUGCGGAACGGGCGGACCUGGGCGGGCUGAGGCGCCCUUCGGGUGGAUCGGUGAAGGCUGCAGCCGACCUGAAGUUCCGCCACCUGCCAAAGCCCGACAAGGAGCCCGACUUUAGCAGACAGCCUGUUUUGAAGAAGGAGCAGCUGUCCUAUGAGAGGCGGUGGCCGCAGCAAGCCACCUGGGCCGGGCAAGAGCCGGACAAGCUCCCCGCGAGGUUCCACCACGUGCCCACGUUUCGCUGUGAGCGGGGGGACGGCCGGAACCUGCCCCACGAACGUGGGAAGGUCCUGGUGGGUCCGUUGAGUGCCCGGCGGCCCUAAGGGAGCCGGGCAGUGGCGGCUGAAUCGGCCGCACGCGAGGAGAACUUGGCGCCGAGCUUUU